AAAUCCAUCCUCCAGUUACUUCACCGGUGAUUUGCGAACUGUAGACAAAGAGGGAAAACUAGAGAAGGAGAGGGGAUUCCAGAGUCUUCUUCGACACCCACUCUGUUUCUUCUUCCUCUUUGGUCAUCCUUCGCCCCUUCUCCGCCAUUUUUCCUUUGAGCGUCUUCUUUUUCUCUGGUCCUCAGCUGGUAUAAAAAGAGAGUGCAGAGUUGGGAGUUAUCACAAUCAGUUCACCACAGGUCUAGUGCUAGGACUUACCAAGUUUUUCGGACUUCAUCGAAACCUUAUCACAAGACAUGGAUUGCCGACUUGUUGUUUUGGUAGCCAGCAUGGCAGCUGUAGCUCUAGCCAGGCCACAAGCCCCCUUCCUGAGGCCAGGUGCCUACAGCCCAGGUGCCUUUGUGCCCAUUCUCUCGCAGAACUACGAUCUCAACCCUGAUGGCUCAUACACCUUCAGCUACCGUUCAGGAGACGGCAGCGCCAGAGAUGAGUCAGGUGCCCUGCGUUAUGUUGGUACCCCUGCUGAAGCUAUGGCCGUUCAGGGCGCCUAUGCUUACAACUCACCUGAAGGACCAGUUCAGGUCCAAUAUGUUGCUGACGAGCACGGUUACCAACCAUCCGGCCCCAACAUCCACCCCGACAUCAUCAAGUCAGUGGCGCUCCAAGUGGCCGAAGCCCGAAGCAAACCUCCCGGUGCCGAAUACUAAGAGAUGACAUCACUGCUAUGACGUCACAGUUAUGACGUCACAACUCCUCAUCAAACGUGUUACCAACCACCUCCAAUCAAAAUUCCACCUGUGAUCGUUAGUUUUCGAAUUAAAUUUUGUACAAGAUGUGAAUCAUCGUAUCUAGCUCUAACAUUACUGUAACUUUAUUAAUUACAUUUUUCAAAACCUUGAAAAAUGAAACAUAUUUGAAGAUAAAACGUUUUGUAUGUUUUCAACCCAUGUGAGCUUGAUUGAAUGUGUUCAUAAAGAUAAUGUGGUCAUUCAUGAUGAAUCAAGUUAUUUAUUUUUGAUGUAUGCCUACUGAUUAUUGAACAUGAAUAAAUAGUAUUAUUCCACCA